AUGUCUUCAAACACCUCAAUGAAAGACGAAGAUGAUUAUCAAGAUCUUGAGAAAUCAAAUGCUCAUAUUCAACAACCAAGACCUGUGAAGAGAUUAUUAACUCCAUUAUUAACAAAAUAUGUUCCUCCAAUACCUCAAGAAUCUGAAAGAACAAGAUUCCCAUUCUAUCAUACAAAUAUUUUCUCAAAAGCUUUAUUCGCUUGGUUAUUACCAUUAUUAUUUAAAGGUUAUAAAAGAACUUUACAACAAGAAGAUUUAUGGAAAUUAGAUGAACAUACAUCGAUAGACCAUGUUUAUAUUAAAUUUGAAAAACACUUAAAUGAAGAAUGGUUAAAAUUUGAUGCUAAGCAUGAUCCUAUUAAAAAUCCUGAUGCUUUCCCAAGAUUUGCUAUCUUUAUGGCUUUGAUGAAAACUUUUAAAUAUGAAUAUACCGUUGCUAUUGUAACUAAAAUUAUAUCAAAUGCAUUAAGUGCAUUUACACCUCUUGUGUCUAAAAAAUUAAUUAGUUUUAUUAGUGAAAAGGCGCUUGUACCAGAUACUCCUAUAAAUAAAGGUAUUGGUUAUGCAUUUGGUAUUACAUUUAUGUUAAUGUUUUCUGCAAUUUUUAUGAAUCAAUCUCUAUUACAUUCAAAAUUUGUUGGUGGUCAUUCAAGAACUAUAUUAACAAAAGCUUUAAUUCAAAAAUCUUUGAUUGCAAAUGCCGAAACAAGAUUCCAUUAUCCAAGUGGUCGAAUCAUUUCAUUCAUGAGUGCUGAUUUACAAAGAAUUGAUGAAUCAUUAUUUGAAUUACCAACUGGGUUUACCACAUUAGAACCAAUAAUUAUAGCUAUUGUUUUAUUAAUCGUGAACAUUGGUGUCUCAGCAUUAGCUGGUAUUGCAAUUUUCUUUUUAACAUUAAUUUUAAUGGGUGUUCCAGCUGGUUCAUUAUUUAAAAUUAGAGAAGCUGCAAAUGUUUUCACAGAUCAAAGAGUUGGUAAAAUGAGAGAAGUUAUUCAAUCAAUGAAGAUGAUUAAAUUUUAUUCAUGGGAAGAUGCUUAUGAAAAUUUAAUUACUGGUAUAAGAUCAAAAGAAUCUUCAUUAGUUUUGAAAUUCCAAUUGACUAUUAAUGUUAUGAUUACAAUUGCUAUUAAUGCUUCAUCAAUCACUUCAAUGGGUGCCUUUUUGGUGCUUUAUGCUGUUAAAUCUCAUGGGAACCCGGCAAAUGUUUUUUCAUCUUUAUCUCUUUUUGGUAUCUUAUCACAACAAGUUAUUGAAUUACCAAUGGUUUUUUCAUCAGCUGCUGAAGGUUUAUUAAGUUUAGAUAGAAUUACAAAAUAUUUAAGAUCUCCAGUGGAAACUUUUGAUGUUGAAAAUUUUUAUGAUAGUGAAUUAAUUAAAAAUGAUGAAAUUGCUGUUCAAAUUGAAAAUGGUGAAUUUGAAUGGGAAUUAUUCACUGAAAUAAAAGAAGAUGAUGAAGAAACUAAAAAACAAAAAAAGAAAGAUGAAAAACAAAGAAAAAAAGAACUCAAAAAAUCACAAGGUGGUAAUGGUUGGUUUAAUAAAAAAACUAAAACCACUGAAGAUUCUUCAAAUGAUGAAAUUAAUAAAGAAUCAUCAACAGACGAAGAUAAUACAAAUCAACAAAAGCCUUUUAAAUUAUCAAACAUCAAUCUAAAAAUCUCCAAAGGUGAAUUUAUAGUUGUCACAGGACCAAUAGGUUCAGGUAAAUCAUCAUUAUUAUCUGCAAUUAGUGCAUUCAUGACCAAAACUGAUGGUAAAAUAGCUAUAAAUGGAUCCAAUUUAUUAUGUGGUGCACCAUGGGUUCAAAACACUACAAUAAGAGAAAAUGUUUUAUUUGGUUCAAAAUUUGAUCAUGUAAAAUAUAAAAAAGUUUUAGAGGUUUGUUCAUUAGAACAUGAUUUAAAAUCAUUACUAGCUGGUGAUAUGACUGAAAUUGGUGAAAGAGGUGUCACAUUAUCUGGUGGACAAAAAGCUCGUGUUAAUUUAGCAAGAGCUGUAUACGCAGAUAAAGAAGUUUAUUUAUUUGAUGAUAUCUUAAGUGCAGUUGAUGCAAAUGUUGGUAAAAAUAUUACUGAAAAUUGUUUAUUGGGAUUAUUAUCUUCCAAGACAAUUAUUAUUGCAACACAUCAAUUAUCAUUAAUUAGUAAAGCUGAUCGUGUUGUCUUUUUAAAUGGUGAUGGACUAAUUGAUGUUGGUACUGAAUCAGAAUUAAGAUCCAAGAACAAAGAUUUUGUUAAAUUAAUGGAAUAUAAUAAAGAAUUAGAGCAAAAAAACACAGAUGAUGAAGAACAAAUUAAUGAUAAAAUUACAAAAGUUACAAGUAUUGCUGAUAAACCUUCUGGUCCAAUUGAUGGUACACUAUUUGGAGAAGAAGAACGUGCAUUUGAUAGUAUCCCACUUUCAUUAUAUAAACAAUAUGUUAAAGCAGGUCAAGGUAUGUUUGGAUUUACUGCAUUCCCAUUAACCAUAAUUUGUAUAAUUUUAUCAGUUUUCGUUAAUUUAUUUACAAAUGUUUGGUUAUCAUUUUGGGUUGCACAAAAAUUUAAAAAUUUAUCAAAUGGUCAAUAUAUUGGACUUUAUGUUAUGUUCACUGUGUUGAGUGUCUUGUUUGUUGUUGUUGAAUUAGCAAUUAUGGGUUAUGUAUUUACAGAAGCUUCCAAAACAUUAAAUUUAAAAGCUAUGCAAAAAGUUUUACAUUCACCAAUGAGUUUUAUUGAUACAACACCAGUUGGUAGAAUUAUUAAUAGAUUUUCCAAAGAUACUAAUUCAUUAGAUAAUGAAAUUGGUAUGCAAUUAAAAUUAUUUUUACAUUUUUCAUCAACAAUUAUUGGUAUUAUAAUCUUAGCUAUAAUUUAUUUACCAUGGUUUGCAAUUGCUGUACCAUUUUUAGCAAUUUUUUUCCUUUGUGCAACAAAUUUUUAUCAAGCAUCAUCAAGAGAAGUUAAAAGAUUAGAAGCUAUUAAUAGAUCAUUUGUUUAUAAUAAUUUUAAUGAAGUUAUGAAUGGUAUGAAUACUAUUAAAGCAUAUGGUGCAGGUGAAAGAUUUAUUCGUAAAAAUGACAUAUUUGGUGAUCAACUGAAUGAAGUUUAUUUUGUUGUUGUAUCAAAUCAAAGAUGGAUUGCAGUUAAUUUAGAUAUAAUGGCCACUGCAGUUGUAUUCAUAGUGGCUAUGCUUUCAGUGACGGGUCAAUUUAGUAUUAAUGCAUCAUCAGUUGGGUUAUUAACUUAUUAUAUGAUUGAAUUAUCACAAAUGUUAUCAUUUUUGAUGCAAACAUAUUCAGAAGUUGAAAAUGAAAUGAAUUCAGUGGAAAGAGUUUGUCAUUAUGCAAAUGAUUUAGAACAAGAAUCUGCUUACAGAACAUUGGAUUAUCAACCAAGACCAACAUGGCCAGAAGAAGGUGGUAUAAAAUUUGAUAAUUUAUCAUUAAGAUAUCGUGAUGGAUUACCAUUAGUUUUGAAAAAUUUAUCAAUUGAUAUUAAAGGUGGUGAAAAAAUUGGUAUUUGUGGUAGAACAGGUGCAGGUAAAAGUUCAUUAAUGAUUGCCCUGUAUAGAAUUGCAGAAUUUGCAGAAGGUGGAAUUUUUAUUGAUGGAACUGAUAUAAGUAAAUUAGGAUUACAUGAUUUAAGAUCUAAAUUAUCAAUUAUCCCACAAGAUCCUGUUUUGUUCCAAGGUACAAUUAAAUCUAAUUUAGAUCCAUUUAAUGAAAGUACAGAAUCUGAAUUAUGGGAUGCUUUAAGAAGAAGUGGAUUAAUAACACCUGAAGAAAUGAUCAAGAUGAAGGAUGAAAAUGAAAAUGAAUACAGUAAAUUCCAUUUAAAUAGUGUUGUUGAAGAUGAAGGUUCAAAUUUCUCAUUAGGUGAACGUCAAUUAUUAGCAUUAGCUAGAGCAUUAGUUCGUCGUUCCAAAAUUUUAAUUAUGGAUGAAGCAACUUCAAGUGUUGAUUAUAAAACUGAUUCAUUGGUUCAAGAAACAAUUGCAAGAGAAUUUAGUGAUUGUACCAUUUUAUGUGUUGCUCAUAGAUUAAAGACUAUUAUUAAAUAUGAUAGGAUUUUAGUUUUGGAGAAAGGGGAAUUGGAAGAAUUUGAUAAACCAUUAGACCUUUUCAAAAAACAAGGUAUUUUCAGAGAUAUGUGUAAAAUUUCAAAUAUUGGAGUUGAAGAUUUUUAA